AUGGCACAUCCAGUCUUCUGGCCGACCAAAACCUUCUACUACCCUGUCGGCAACACCUGUCCCAUGCUUUUGCUUCAACAUGUUCCCCCAGAAAGCGAUGCGGCGAUCUUGCUCCUCGGCUGCGGCGACCCCAGAAGCAUUUUGCACACUGUAUAUUCUACUGAGGUGGAUCAGGUCGACGUCAAGCGCAAACUCGAUUUUACCUGCUGCGACCAUGAGCCGGCCAUCCUCGCUCGGAAUAUAAUUCUUUUAACUCUCGUAUUCGACAACAAGCACAGUCAAGACGUAACGCGACUCUGGAAUAUUUUUUACCACUUUCUCCUCGAUGAUUCUUCUCGAGAUGUCUUGCUCAGCCAAUCACAAAAGUUAGCAGAUCUGUCUGUCGACCUCAAGAGCUGGGCAACAUCCGAGUAUUCCACCUUUUUGCAAAUUGGCAGCCGCUUUACACUCGCAGAGCUGCAUCGGCACUGGGCGCUAUAUGCUCGAACCGAGUCAUUUUCUGCAGCACAACACAAGCAACACAAGGAGAUAUUCCUAACUGGGAUGAGAAAAGCAUACAACGACAAUUUUAAAGACCUCGGUGAAAGCUUCUACGACGGCUCUACUUCGCGUUCGGCGGGUCCGCUUUCCUUCGACUCCGCGGAUAUCUGCGCAGAGUCGUCUCGGAAGUUCUGGAAGACUGGCGUACUCUCUACAUCUCAGAAUGACGUCCGAAACGCCAUUCACGUCAAUCCUACCUUUUUUUAUGCUACAGAUGGCGAAGGAUUCCUCCCUCAUUACGGAACCCACCCGCUCACGGCAUUUCAUUUGGCGCCCGUCUUCGCGAACGCGAAACAGUCUUCGCCUUCUCUCGCAAGUGUGUACGAGAACGUCAGAAUCCGAUUUCGUCAGUGGUGCGAGUCAUUUUAUGCAUGCAUCCGGGCGACUCCGAACCCUACGAUCAAGAUUCGAGUGUUGGUCGGAGACGUCCUUUCAAUAUGCCAAGCGUUGCAGAUCGUCGGAGCAGGUGGCGAAGCCGGCACCCUUCCGCGUGUGGGUACAUUGCAUGCAGAUCUGGCUAUACUGGAUGGUGGAGACUAUGUGGACGGUAUAGCACCACUGAAGUUCGAUGUCAUUGACACCUCUAACCUCUGCGACCACAUUGGCGCGCUUAACAUCCUCAUAUCCACCGUUCCCCUCCUGAAGCACACUCCCUGCGCAACAAUACACACCGAGACGCUGCUUCCAUACACAGAAGACCCACUGUUUGCCAUCUCAGAGAGGCUCUGCAGCGACUUAACCACGGCGUCCGUGCUCCUAGACCUUACCCCGGUCUCUUACUUGUCUGGGUACACCACCGAUUCCAACGUCCACGAGAUAAUUGGGUUCCAGGCGCGACAAGGUGGCCAGUUUCAUGAGCGUUUGGCCUGGAAGAUCCCGUCGCUACUCAUAUCCGACGGUUCUCCGGCAGCGACGUUCGAGCCGGCCCAACUUGCGUCCCUGCUGUUCAACAUCUACCUCCGCAUGUUUGCGCACGAGGACGUGACAAGAAUGUUCCGGAGACAGGCCAGUAUCCGCUUGCUAGAACGCCAAGAGAUGGUACGCUACUGCCGCAGGAGUUUCGCCGCCCUGUUGAGAUGCGUUCGCGCGCGAGUCGAGGCAGAUUGGGACGGCGUCUUCGCUGCGCUUCUCUCGCGCAUCAUCGAUGAUAACACCCUCUCUAUUGGUGGACUAUACUAUCAGGAUCUCCUCACGCAACUGCACCUCCUCGGGCUGCACAGCGAGCCCAACUUCCGUGCGAACGACAGUCUGGCCCUCAAAAACAAAGCACUCGGACGCUUCCGCAACUGGACCACGGUGCCGCCCGUUGUAUGCAUCGCAUUUUCCGUCGACAGGCUCCAGCUGCGCGCCAUCGAGGAGGACGGCGCGCCAAUGCAUCCGCAGUUCACCGUACAGCUCUCAGGGUUGGCCCGGGACUGGGCAAACGACUUCGCAUACGUCGAGAUGAUGUUCGGCGUGCUGUCCGUGAAGGGCCGUGACGAGAACGCUGUCGCGACCGUUAGGGCGGAUCCCCGCGGGAGGCAUAGCACGGCCCCGGUGGUGGUAUGCGUUUGCGUGCCUUCGUGGAUACUUGCGCACGACCCCCGCGCGACCGUUGUGCGCCUGGGGCUCACCAGCACGCCGAGCACUUGUCAGCUCCUACCUCGACUUGGGUCGAGGCUGACCCUGUUUGAGGUGUCGUUAACGGACGAGAAGUACCUUCAUGUUUUGCGUAGUCGGCCGGCACUGUCAGGUGACAGCCCUGCCGCCAUUCCAUAUCUUCCUGUACAACUUGAUACGCCACCCAUGGAUACGGUUGCCGUUACAGCCGAGGGUUCGCGGGUGACACACGUUACGAGACGGGUCGAAGUUGAAGAACCUCUAGCAAAGGCCGCGCUGGCAUCUGCAACGACGUCGGUCUCUGUGAUACAGACGGCAGCAAGCGCGGUUAGACUGGCUAUUGGCCCAGAUGUGCGGUUCGACUUGGGCUUUCCAUUCAGCAUAGACGCAUCGCGAAUCAAGCUUCGCGUAGCACGAAAGUCUUCCUGGGUCGAGGUUGUACUUCCGCUCCAACUGCUCGGCCAAAGCAGUGUGCCGGUUCAGCAUCGCUUCCCGAUGACCGCCGCCGAGAUGUCUUUCUUUCCGUGGAACAUACAUCGCAUCAACCUCGAGCGGCUUCCAACCCUGUCUACUGGCGAUGUUGGUGGAUUGGAGUGGCUCAACACGCUCGCGAGCGUGGCCUUAUCGGACGGAGAGAGGGCGGCUAGAGAGGGCGGCACCCUAGAUGCGCUUGGGAGGGUCAAAGACUCCCUGCAUACUAUCUUCGUUUGCGCCGCGGGGCUUCAGGGCCCGACGAAGCCGCGGCCAGCGCAGGUCUUUGGCCUCGACCGCACAUCUCAGGGUGGCAUGGACACCCUCUUCUUCGUGACCGGCCUGCGGCUCGACGUUGCGAGCCAUAGUGCCAUCGCGGACGCGUUUGUGCUUCCACUCACAAACGUGCUCGUGAGCCGGUUACAGCGCGCCCUGCCGAGCCUUGUGCCUGAGAUUGUGCAUAUCGUCGUCAACGACGCCGAGUGCGCGGCGUGGAAGGCGCUCCUUCCGGCGCUUGCCGAGCGCUGCAGGACGUGGGCGCACACUGCACAGUGUGCGUACGCCUUGCACGGGCGCGUCCCGCUCUCUGUACAACACUCGGAGGUGCCUAUCUGCGACUGUGGUAAGGGAAAGGUCACCGAUGCCUUCCGGCGUAGAAGGGACUGGGCGCCUUUUCUUCCGCAUGUCACUAGAGUGGCGAUCUCCCUGCUGUUUGCGGUCUCCUACCUUGAGCCUGUCGCCGCCAAGAUGAAAGAACUUCUGGACAGAACAGACACGCGGAAUUAUCGCAACACUUCGGGUCUGGCUGCUCCUUUAUCCGGAAACGAGCGCGCAGGCGACCGCUGCGCCAGAUGCAAAAGUAUUCUUCCCGUGGGGAAACGCAUGGUCUGCAGCCGAUGCAAGAAGGUCGUGUAUUGCGGGCUUAAGUCGAACUACCAGACACUUGCAAGCAAGAUGCGCACCUUUGCUGUCUCCGCCGCUGCGACUUUUGUCGCUGCUUGGGGCGUCGCGCUCAUCAUGGCGUCUGGCCCAAGUUCCGAGUGCGUCGAGAUCUACAAUUCGCAGCCUACAGAUUCCUGCGCGAGUAUCGAAUCUUGGUCCGGUCUUACGACUGAGCAACUCAUGGCCUUGAACCCUGAUCUGCACGAUUGCGGCCCGCCUAUGGAUGUACACGAAGUGUGCCUGGACUCAUACACGCCGCCAUGCUUCCUCUGGGUGCCCGCGAAUGAGACUACGUGCGACAACCUUGCGGUACAAUGGGAGAUCUCCGUCGCUCUGUUCGUGCAGUACAACGAUAACGUUGACGAUGCGUGCGACGACCUUAUCAUCGGCGAAGAGUACUGCGUCAGCAUCGAUUUCUGCUAUCCGGGCCAGACGAACCCAUGCUGCCUUCCGGGGUCGGCGUGCUAAGUUUAGCCGUCGGCUAACGCCCAAGUAAUAGGCUACAGUGGAUUAUGGGUUCAAUAUAUGCAGGGAUGUGUCACUCUGUGCUCGCAUUAUGUUGUGUGUAAAUGCUACAGUAU